AUGCCGCCUCCUCCUGGUGGUUCCGUUGGCACUUGGCCGCGCAUGUCAGGCCCUGGUGGAGCUGUGCCAUGUUCGGUGCCCAUGGGUUCGAUGCCGGCUGGGGCCGUGGUGGUCCCGAUGCAAGGGCGAGUGCCUUACCGGACCAUCCGAGGCCCUGCUCCAGGCCCAACCGGAACACCCGUGCACAUGUCUGGCUCAGUUCGGAGCGUCGCCUCCUCCCCAGCCCCGAAGUCUUCCCAGACCCAUCCCCAGCAUCCCCAGCAUCCCCAGCCCCAUUCCCAGCAGUCGGGCCAGUCCCAGUCACGCCAGCCAUCCCAUCCAUCAUCCCGUCCAUCCCAGCCCAGUGCACAAGCGGCAAACGCACGGCCUCACGCCGCAGGUGAAGGGCGAAGCCGUGACGAGAGGCCCAGAGAGACCCCAUCCCGUACAUCCAGCGUGGACUCACACAUCUCGGGCGUCUCGUCGGGCGUGCACUUUAGGACUCCAAGCCGGGACUCUGCAGACUUCCGGCCCGAAUCACGGUUCUAUUCUGGCCAGGGUCAGAGGUCACCCAGUGUGGAGUCGUCCAGGAGCCUGCAGAAAGUUCAGACGAAUUUGCACCAAAGCCGUCAGCACAUGCAAGAGGUGGAGCAGACCAUGCAGGCCAUGAGGGGCGCCUUGGAGACUUCCCAGGAGCUGCUGAGGAAGUCCGUGAUGCUGGAUGAUGGUGCUGGUUGUGGUGGUGGGCCUGGUGCCAUGUUCGAGUAUCAGGAGCAUCCGGAGCCCAAGAACCUGGAGGACCUGGCGCAUCGGCUCCAGGCGCAGCAGGAGGCCACGCUCUCAAAGCUGACCCAACGCUGGGAGCAGCGCUUCGCUGCACUGGAGAGUGCUCUGAGUAGCGGCCUGGAGGUGGCCGCUGCCGCCACCACCUCCAUGAACGAGCGCCUGACUCGCUUCGUGAGCUUGGCGGAGGUCCUGGAAGGCGCCGUGGAGAGGGUGAUCCACAGCAGCAAGGACAUCGCCACACUAUCACGGAAGGUGGGCCAGAUCGAGGACGAUGUGGCUUGCCUGGCACAGGAGUUGGCCAGCGACCGGAAAGACCGGAGUGAGGCCGUCAGUUUGGCCCAGCUGGAUGCGGUCUGCGAGGAGCUGCGCCGCGACCUGAGGAGGCCGGUUUCCUCGGACUUCGUUGAGGGCUCCGGCGGCCCCGGUGGCUCCGGCUCUCCACAGGCCACGCUGAGCGCGCUGUCCCAGGCCUUGGGCGAGGAGCGCGCAGAGCGGCUCCGGCUGAGCUCCGAACAGCGGCGCUUCGCGGCCCACGCGGAGCGGCUGGAGCAGAUGCUUCAGGGUGCCACCGAGCAGCUCGCACUGCUGGCGCGCGCGCAGGAGAUGGGAGCCAGUCCCACCACUUCCACGUCUACUUCCUCAUCCGGGAGGCUGGCGCUCCUCGCAAGCCGUGGAUCCAGACGAAGCUCUGUGGGCUCCGGCUCAGGCUCGCGGGCACUCUCGCGGCUGAAUAUUGGACCCAUUGAGGAGGGACCUGAGGAAGACGAGGGGACCAUGCGGCCGCCUAAGGGCUGGGAGGCUGAGCCAUCCGAACCCCAAAGCGAUGGAGGCAUCUUCUCCCGCAUCCUCGGAAGGUAG